AUGAUGAACGGCGAACGAAAGCUCCGCGCGGCAUGCGACCGCUGCCACGAACUCAAGAACCGAUGCACUCGCACCGGUGGGCCUGAGAGUCGGUGCGACCGGUGUGAGAGACUCGAUAUAGACUGUGUGUAUAACACCAGUGCGCGCAUGGGCCGUCCGCGAGUGUCGCGGCCGGUGUCUGAGAACCAGAAAGGAGCUCAUAGUCAUGCGAGACACUCUAAACGACAGGCUGGGAACCGUGCUACUGCAGUGCCGCUUCCUGUUGAUCAUGUUGAUCUAGCAUCUGCACACGAUAGAUCUGGCGGUGCCGGUCCUAGUGGUUUUGGUCCUGGUAGUCCCGGCAAUCUCGAACCAGUGUUAGGGCUUCUAGAUCCUGUUCUCCUCCCCGCAGUGAUACCCGGCGACAAUGUGAACUGGGACCUAGGGCUGUAUUCCCCGGACUUUGCGCACCCGGCUCACGACGAUCCAACGGGCGGACACGGACACGGACAUGGACAUCGAUACAAGGGGGUUUCCGAUUUCUCUGAUUCCGACCUGGGGACGUCAGAAAAGGGGACGGUCCCUAUUGCUAAGGAGCUCCUACGGCUGCAGUUCCACCUGAGCAAUCUGUUAACAGGCGCGAGCGAAUCGCCGCACCAGCCGGCCCUUGACGAAGUCAUGAUGGUCUGCAAAGAGCUGCUAGAGCUGCUCCCCGUCCCAGCCCGUUCAGACUACAGUACUGCAAGUAAUAGUGGGACUGGGACCGGACCACCACCAUUCACCCCAGCCAGCGUUAAUGCUGGACAUCCUGAUCCCAUUGGCGAGCCAACUCAAAGAGGAGGAGGACCGAGGAUAAACUACAUCACCGUAUUACAAGUCGCGACAUCGUACGCAUACGCCCUGCAGCUGCUGGACCUUGCUGUGGAUAAUCUCAAGACCCGUGCUGGGAAUCUGGCGCUCGUUAGCCUGGGUACCUUCAAUCUUGCAUCCCAGCCGGCCAUGAGUACCUCUGUGGGUGCUUAUAUGAUUUCUAGCAUGGUUCAUCAGCUGCGUGAUGCUAUUAGUCUCUUGACGCCUCAGGGGCCACCACCACCGCAUGUAUCAUCUGCGGCUGCGAACAAUUCGAUACAGGCUGCGGUGGAUAUGGUUUCUGAGAAGGAGACGUCUUUACUGGAGAAAUUGGCGCAGGUUAUGAUUAAUUCAUAG